UUCUGAACUGCAUACCUUUGCAUUUUAAUGCCUCACAUGCUGAUGUACUUCAUGCUAUCCUCUUUCUUUGAUGUGGCAAGAAUCAGGUACAUUCUUAUGAAUGUGGUUUUUCUUCUUAUAUAGACGCACACAAUAGUUCUGCAGAGUUUCAUUUCCUUUCUUCUAAAACACUGAAAACCCUUGGAUUCUGCUUGCAAUAAACUGGUAAAAGUUUUGAACCAUGCUUACACACUUCAGUGUGGUAAUCACCAUCGUUGCAGUGGCUGAUGCUUGUAUAAUGUCUUGUGAGUGUGUGGACAACACCACGAUCACUUGUUUAAACAAGAAUCUGGUGGAAUUGCCUCUACCUCUGCACGGUAUCAAGGACCUCUUUGUUAGUAACAACAGGAUCCAGUCUCUCCCCAGUGAAGGAUUAGAAGAAUUACAUGUCCUUGAUCUUACCAACAACGACCUUAAUGAAUGGCUUACUGGUACUACCAGAUUACCAAAUAUGAGAAGUCUUACUCAGCUAUUUCUAAGAGGAAAUGGACUUAGUACUUUUACAACUGGGCUAUUUCAAGAAUUGAAGAACCUGACGUACUUGGACCUCAGUGAAAACCAUAUUAAAAUUAUCCCACAGAAGUUCCUCCAAGGUCUGAGCAACCUUCAAACUCUUAGUUUGAGCUUAAACCAGAUACAUACCAUUUCCUGUGGCACUUUUGAAGAAGCAUCUGCACUUAGGGAGCUCCACCUGAACAGUAAUAACAUUGAGGUGCUCGAUAUGUGCGUGUUUGAAAACUGCGUCAAUCUGAAGAAGCUCUUCCUGUCUAACAACUUUUUGAAAAAUGUAAAUCAAAGGAUCUUCCAAAGUGCACUUGGCAUGGUUCACCUUGAUCUCAGUAACAACAGGCUUACCACUGUUCCCACUGAUGCCCUUAAGGACACCUCUAAUCUCACCAGCCUCUACCUGCAGAGAAACGAUAUCAAGUUAAUUCCUGAAAAUGCUUUCUAUGGGUUAGCAGCAUUAAGAAAACUGCAUCUGAGCAAUAACCUCAUUGAUGUUUUAGCUGUGACCUCUUUCAGAGGUCUUUACCAGCUUGGCGAACUAGAUUUGAGUUUCAACCAGUUGCAUAAUCUCUCCUCGCAGGUAUUUCAAGCGCUACGCAAACUACAAAACCUUAAUCUAUAUCACAAUGCACUGACAUCUCUUCCACAAGGCCUGUUUAAUAAGUUGAAGAAGUUAAAUGAACUACAGCUUGACAGAAAUAAUAUUCAGGUCAUUCCACCAGAUCUAUUUCUGCCACUUUCAAAGCUCAGAUAUUUACAGCUAGGCAAUAAUCGUAUCUUGGAGCUCAACCUAUCCUCAUUUGCAACAAUGAGAAAGCUUAAACACCUUGAUCUAAGCAACAAUCAUUUGACAAAAAUUUCAAAGGGGAUUUUACAUAAGGCACCAUUGCCACAUCAGGAUGUCCAAAACCAAUCCUCACAAAGGGGUUCUGCGCUUAGCGAACUUAAACUGAGCAAUAAAAAAAUUAGUGUGAUAGACAAGCACAUGUUUGAAAACUAUGCCAAUCUGAACAGACUCUGCUUGUCCAACAACCAUUUGGAAAAUUUAGAGGAAGGGACCUUCAGGGGUGCACUGGUCCUGACUCAUCUUGAUCUCAGUGAAAACAGGCUUACCUCUGUGCCCAUUGGUGCACUUAAGGAUACCCCUAAUCUCACAAGUCUUUACCUGCAGAGAAAUAAGAUCACAAUCAUCCCUGAAAAUGCUUUCUCGGAACUAUCUGUGCUUAAGAAAUUAGACUUGAGCAAUAAUGCCAUUUUAAAUUUAAAUGAGAAGUCCCUGAUGUCUCUGUUCAAUCUUGUGGAGUUAGAUCUGAGCUUCAACCAACUGACAACUCUUACAAGUGUGCUUCAAGACUUGGGGAAACUGAAGAUCCUUAAAUUGCACCAAAAUGACCUAGUGUCACUUCCCAAUGGCAUGUUCAACAAUCUGCCUGAAUUAACUGAAAUACGUCUUGAUAGCAAUAAUCUUAAUGACAUCUUACCGGAUCUAUUCCAUCCAUUUAACUCAUCUUCAUGCACAGCACUGAUGAAUAACCUCCUGACAAAAAAUUCCAAGGAUCUUUUCAACAUUACGCCACCAUCCAAUGCUCAUGUGAAAUCCCUAGCUUUACUAACAGAUGCUGAACUUAGGGAGCUCUUAGUCAGUAAUAAUGCUGAGAUGAUAGAUAUGAACUGCACCGCUGCAAUCAGGCUCUUUCUGUUCAACAACCACUCGAAAAGUGCACAGGAAGGAACUUUUAAGAACGCAGUGAGACUGACUGAGCUUGAUCUCAGUGAAAACAAGCUCACUACUAUUCCUAUGGGUGCCCUUAAGUAUACUACCAAUCUCAUUGGCCUCUACUUGCAUAAAAAUGCUAUCAUUUGUGUACCUAAAAAUGCUUUCUCUGGACUAUCUGAACUGAAAAAAUUGGAUUUAAGCAAAAAUCACCUGGUUAUUUUGCAUGAGGACUCCUUGAUGGGUCUUUUCCAGCUUAAUGAACUAGAUUUAAGCUUCAACCAAUUGCAGGAUCUUCCCUCAAAUGUGUUCCAGGACUUGGGCAACCUGGAGGUUCUUAAUUUAUACCACAAUGCUCUGGCAUCACUUCCCAUUGGCUUGUUCAACAAUCUGACAAAAUUAAGGAAAUUGGUGCUUGAAAGAAAUAAUAUAUCUGUCAUCGUACCAGAUCUAUUCCACCCAUUGACUGCACUCCGGGAAUUACAGCUCGAUAACAACCACAUCUUUGAGCUCAACUCAUCUUCAUUUAGAACACUGACAAAGCUCCAGCAAAUCUUUUUAAACAACAACGUUAUUAAGAGAAUUCCCAAGCAUUUUCUACAGAAAGCACAACAUCUGAAAGUUCUACAUCUGAUGAACAAUCAUAUUCACACUAUUUCACGGUCUGCUUUCAAAGGCCUUCACAGGCUUCGUUCUCUGAGACUCAGCAACAACAGUAUAUCUGCUCUCCAAUCUGAGAUGCUGACUGGUCUUGAUGACCUACGGGAGCUCUGGCUAAAUAUUAACCAGAUAAAGAUCCUCCCACCUGGGUUUUUCACAGGGCUUCAAAAGUUGAGGAUGCUUGACUUGGCCAACAAUGAUUUGACUUCCCUGUCCACUGAUGAUUUCAAAGACUUGAUAACAUUAGGAGAGUUAGAUCUGAGUUUCAAUAAACUCAAUGAACUACCACAUAACGUUUUCAGGGCUCUGGGCAGGCUGCAGAAGCUCUUCUUGCAAAACAACCUCCUGUCCCAUCUACCUCCAACGGUGUUCUCUUCUUUGACCUUUCUGCAAGAUCUUCAUUUGGAUAACAACAAGCUGCAGGUUCUUCCCACUGCACAGUUUCAAGAUCUGAAGGACUUGAGACAUCUACAUCUCAAAUCGAACCAAUUGCAGUCACUGGAUAAAGGGACUUUGGAGACUCUGACAGAAUUGAAAUCCAUAUAUCUCAGUGCUAAUCCAUGGGACUGUUCUUGUGCAUCUAAUAAUAUGUAUGUCAGGACAUGGAUGAGUAUGAACAGACAGUUAAUAAAGGAUAACUCUACCUGCUCUGGAAACCGGUCUCUUCCUGUCAUGGUUUUAGAGCAUUGUGUCAGUGCUGCACAUUCCUUUGCAUGUAAACCACACAAGCACAUAAUAACUAUUAUCACAGUUUUCUUUGUGCUUGCUUACAAUCUGUGAGAUCACCAUUUUGCAUAAAUUAGUUUUUGUUUCUCUUUGCAAUAUAGCCCAAAACUUGUCUUAAAAUUAGCCUGUGUGUGCACAUGUUAAGCUGUAAAAAGUGACUAUCAACAAUUUAAAGCUAGACUGCCUUUCAGAUUUUCAAGUGUAGGUCAUAAAAAGAAUUUUCCCCGACACCCAGUUAUUUAUUUUUGUUUAGUGGACCGAAAGCUACUGAAUUCGAAUCACAGACUUCCAAUUUUAUUAGUUUUUUUAAAAUAGAACAAUUAAUGAAUUUAGGGCCACAUGGCCCUAAAUUCUCCGCUAUUUUUUCCUGCUUCACCAUGACCCAAUUCAAGAUACUACGUCAUGCAUUACGUGGUGGGCUUUCCCCGUUUGUGCAAGGGAUUGUGGGAUACAAAUUUGAAACAGGAGAGAAAAAUGGAGGACGUGAGUGUGCAAAUGAAACGUGAAAGACCAACUACAGUAACGGAAAAGACGUUAUGAUACGAAGGAAAGGAAACGCAGGACCAAACUAAUAAAUAUCGGCACUCAGCAAGCACCUCGGUGUGAUCAGCUGUUUGUCUAGCGACAAAAUUAUGUAACCGUCAGUGCACGGUCAAAGGUAAACCUGCACAUGGACACGCACGGACCUCCUCUGUCUGCUUGAUUGUGUGAAGUGAAUGAUUUUAUGCACAUUAUUUGCUCAGGAAUCCCCUCAAAUUAAAUAACUUCCCAGCUACAGAAUGGCCUGAUAUUUUGUGAGAUAUUACAGAAAUAAACAUACAUCACAAUGACCACAUUUCAGAGGGAACUAAAUUUCACCGAUUUUAUGAAAUUGAAAGGCAGUCUGGCUUUAAUAACUUUUUUUUUUUAUCUUAGCUACAAACAUGCAACAUAGCAUCUUGUAUAACCUUUAAAAAUUCUUGCUGUCAAGCUGACACUUUUCUCUAC